AUGAAGAGCACUGAGACUCAAAGCUUGGUGUCAGCUGAAUCCGCUGAUCAGAUGCGUCAGCAGCCAGCAGCCUUCCUGGCAAGCCUUGAUUGGCAGAAGUUCGAAGCAGCUGCUCUACCCUUGACGAAGAUCUACAACCCACCCCAGCUGGUUAGCACCUGUAAGGGGUUUGGUGCGCGCGUCUCCAUGUGCGGGAACUGCCUGUUUACGCAUCGUGCACCUAUCUGUGCUAAGCCGCAGUUUCCGUGCUGUUGCGCCAGCGCGGCACAAGGCCGCGUCCAGGACUUGGCACACGUGAAGCUUUCCGAACCAGAUGAGUGGUUUGUGAAGAUGCUCAGCGUUGAGCAUCCGAAUACUCCGGACUUCAUGAAGGGGAUCUUUUGGAUGGAGGACAACUAUGCACCGGAAGUGCUCCUGACUUUUCAAGAUAUGGAUUGGGUGUCGGGAACACGCGGGUACUUCAAUCCAAAGUACAGUUGGACGAAUGAUCCAACUUGCAUCGGAACACUCUGUUUGUGCAUGCAUCUCAACAACUCUCCACGCUCUGCAUGGCCAUUCAGUGUGUCACCAAACGGAAAGUGGAUCAACAUUAACCCGCAGUGGAUCUACAGACCUGACGAGGGCGAGAAAAUCACUCGACCAGAUGGCUCUGUUGUGGAGAUGGGGCGCGGGGACAUGAUUCGAGUGAGUUUUGCGAAUGCCAGUGAUCCGACAUCAGGAAUGAACUAUCAGUACCUCGUACGCCUAGUGGCUUACAUGGAAAAUGGAAAACUCGUCAAGACCAAGGCCUACGAUGAACUCCGCCGGAGAGCAACAAUGCCAGACACAAUUGGUAGUUGCUGCGGCUACUACAACUGUUCCGCUGUGGGAGACAAUUACAUUUUCGAUGCUUACGAACCAUUGUCAGAUCAUCAGACGAUGCUGUUCCCGCCGCCUCUGGAAGUCAUGUGGCCCGACUCUGUGCCGUUGUCGUGGUUCCUGUUCUUUGCACCAGCUGCAUUUCACAUCCCCGCCAUGAAGAGCACUGAGACUCAAAGCUUGGUGUCAGCUGAAUCCGCUGACCAGACGCGUCAGCAGCCAGCAGCCUUCCUGGCAAGCCUUGAUUGGCAGAAGUUCGAAGCAGCUGCUCUACCCUUGACGAAGAUCUAUAACCCUCCCCAGCUGGUUACCUCCUGUACGGGCCUUGGUGCUCGUGUCUCCAUGUGCUGGAACUGCCUGUUUACGCAUCGCGCACCUAUCUGUGCUAAGCCGCAGUUUCCGUGCUGUUGCGCCAGCGCGGCACAAGGCCGCGUCCAGGACUUGGCACACGUGAAGCUUUCCGAACCAGAUGAGUGGUUUGUGAAGAUGCUCAGCGUUGAGCAUCCGAAUACUCCGGACUUCAUGAAGGGGAUCUUUUGGAUGGAGGACAACUAUGCACCGGAAGUGCUCCUGACUUUUCAAGAUAUGGAUUGGGUGUCGGGAACACGCGGGUACUUCAAUCCAAAGUACAGUUGGACGAAUGAUCCAACUUGCAUCGGAACACUCUGUUUGUGCAUGCAUCUCAACAACUCUCCACGCUCUGCAUGGCCAUUCAGUGUGUCACCAAACGGCAAGUGGAUCAACAUUAACCCACAGUGGAUCUACAGACCUGACGAGGGCGAGAAAAUCACUCGACCAGAUGGCUCUGUUGUGGAGAUGGGGCGCGGGGACAUGAUUCGAGUGAGUUUUGCGAAUGCCAGUGAUCCGACAUCAGGAAUGAACUAUCAGUACCUCGUACGCCUAGUGGCUUACAUGGAAAAUGGAAAACUCGUCAAGACCAAGGCCUACGAUGAACUCCGCCGGAGAGCAACAAUGCCAGACACAAUUGGUAGUUGCUGCGGCUACUACAACUGUUCCGCUGUGGGAGACAAUUACAUUUUCGAUGCUUACGAACCAUUGUCAGAUCAUCAGACGAUGCUGUUCCCGCCGCCUCUGGAAGUCAUGUGGCCCGACUCUGUGCCUCCCAGCACAGGCUGA